GCCAUUUUGUUUCAAAUUUUUCUCUAUUUCCCUCGUUUGAUUUGAUGCUUAUUAAUCAUAAUAAUGAGCUCAGAGGACGGAAAGGGCGAUAAGGACUCGUGUCCUCUUCAAUACUGUGAUUUCGACUUAGUGGAUCACGUUCAAUUAUGUCCAUUUUACAAUUCAUUGUUAACGAGGUCUACCGAUCAAGGAAUAGCGCCUGACGAGCUUGACCUCUUAACAAGUGACCUAGAAACACUUCUUGCAGCUUGUAAUCGGCGCAUAAGAUUGUUAGAAAGAGAGACUAAGGUUCUUGUCGACUGGGCUGAGAAGAAAGACAAGAAAAUGGUUCGACAGAAGGAACUUGAAAUAUUGAACUCUUUGACUACUUUGAAGAGAAGUAAACCAACAUUGGUAGAUGAUAGCAGGGGGUCAAAGAAACAGAAACUUGAGGACUCGAAAAGCGGCUCUCAGGGCCUAGGGAAAAAGAAAGGGUUGGGAAAGAGUAGUGAUGGGAUAGAUGAGGAGUCAUUUCCCUUAACCUCCAAGUCAAAAGGAGAUGCACCAAAUAGAUUUUGGGCAGCGGUAGAGCCUUAUUGUGCUGACUUGACUUUGGAGGAUACGAAAUUCCUUGAGGACUUGAUUAAAGCUGCAGAUGAUGAUCAUGAGUAUAUGAAGAUACCUCCUCUUGGGAAGCACUAUAGUGAGAAGUGGGCGCAGGAGGAUCUGAUAGAGGAGCAAAUGGAAGGGAUGAAAGUAAAUGAGAAACGUAGAGGAACACUUUCCAAUUCUUCUGGAGAGAACCAAAACAAAGCUGAGCAAGCCUCAACAAUAUUAAAAAAGAGUGAUACCUCUGGGCUCCAGUCAGAGGAGGAUAUAUGCCCAUUUGGGCCAUUAACACGACGCCUUGUUUCUGCAUUGAUUGAAGAAAACAUCAUUGCACCAAUGGAUCAAAGUGCUUCAAACCCAAAACACGGCGAGAGUACAUUGACAAGAAGUGGAGGGGUAACUCCCCGGACCCCAGUUAAAGCUCCCCAUGUACCACAUGCAAGAACUUUAGAAGCUCGUAUAAGAGAAGAAUUGAUAUUCCAGGGUUUGAUAGAUGAAGACCAUAAAGARGAAGAGGAUGACGAAGUAUUGGCUGAGUUAAAGAAGCACCAGACUGAACUUAAGACAUUAAUUGCAAAGAAUAAACAGGGUAAACAAGAAUUAUUAAAGCRUGUACAGGAAGAGAUGCGCAGGCAGGAAUUGCGGCAUAGGACCAGAAUUAUUGAUGCUGAAAUUAUGGAGAACUAUAGAAAGAUUUCCACCUAUAAACAAAAAAGGAAAUCUCCAACAAAGAAGGAAAAGGAUGCUGCUUGGAAGGUACUCCGAGAACGAGAGGCCAUUUAUAGGGUCCUUGAUAAUACAUGAUUUAUAUAAURAUUUAUUUAAUGUAAUAUAAUAAUAUCUUAGUAAUAUAGAUGCUUUGUAUGAAACAGGAAUGGUUAUAUAUAUGACUAUUACUUUUCAAAAGUCCUCUAGAUGUCAUGGCAAAUUUUAUUAGAUUAUUUACAAGAUUAAAGAACAAUAUUUUUAUCCUACUAUAGACGUGAAAUUUUUUUUCUAUAUAGGAAAGGCUCAAUUUAAUGGCCAAUCGCUAAACAGUGUCUGGCCAAAAUCGGCCCUUUUCUGGCCAGACAACUAUUACAGAUGAUGUGCGUGAUGUGCAAAAGUAUGACCGUUAAUAAUUUCAUUCAUGCUAGCUUCUUUUACCAACCAGAUGUAUUUAUUUUCAUAUAGGCUAGGCUUAAUAUAAUGGCCAAUUACUCAACAGUUUCCAGCAAAAAUUAUCACUUGUUUGUGUCUGGCUAGACAACUAUUACAGCACUAUGUACAAAGUAUGACCAAUUUUAUGCAUGUGCUUUAAACCAACACAUUUGAAUGCAAAGCUGGCUGGUUCUACCAUCCAGCAUGCGAAAGCUCAUUUGGAAGCAAAAAGUCAAUGCAUAAAAGUAUACAAUGUUACAUUAAAUGAGGUCAUACUUUUGUGCAUUGACCUGUAAAUUAGUAGGCAGGUCCUAUUGAGUGGUAACAUUUACUGGUCACAUGUCCAUAAGCUUGAUGCGGCAAGUCAGCAUCCAUUGAGCAGCAGUUAUUUUUAGCAAUGUGGGAUGCUGUUGCAUGAUUUCUGGUUAAGUCCAUUCAAUACAAGUUAGCCUGCCUAGCGGCCCCAAGGGAAGGGGAUUGGGGACUGGGGGAGGAGCAGGGGGAACUGAGGAGAGGAAGAGGAGGGGGAAGGAAGAAAAGAUAGGGCCUGCAAUGAACCCCCUCGAUUUUUCCUACAAAUAUUCAGAAUCCAAACGCUAAUUUUGAUUGGUUGAUAAGUUCGAUAUGCCAAUCAGAUGUCAGUGGAGUUAAUUCAGAUACUUUAUUCUUUGAUUUGAUUGGUUGAGAGUUUGCAUAUUAAUUAGGGGACAGUAGGAAAAAUCAAGAGGGUUCAUUUCAGGCCCUACCUUUCCUCCCUCUCCUCAGUCCCCCUCCCCUUCCCUUCCCUUUGGGCCGCUACGCACGCUUAAUACAAGUCAGCUGGGAAAUAGAUGAGUCGAYUAAGAUGAUCAGAUCUCUAAGUGUACAAAAAUGAAUAAUUAUUAAAAAUGACCAUAUUGCAAAAGAGA